UUGCACUUUCGACGACUUCCGGCGGCUCCUCUCGCGAGGGUUGGCUGUUAGCGGCGUUGUGGCUAAGCUCGUGUAACGGUGGCGGUGUCGGCAGCUGCUGCAGCGAAGAGAGUUUGGCGCGAUGUCUCACACCAUUUUGCUGGUACAGCCUACCAAGAGGCCAGAAGGCAGAACUUAUGCUGACUACGAAUCUGUGAAUGAAUGCAUGGAAGGCGUUUGUAAAAUGUAUGAAGAACAUCUGAAAAGAAUGAAUCCCAACAGUCCCUCUAUCACAUAUGACAUCAGUCAGUUGUUUGAUUUCAUCGAUGAUCUGGCAGACCUCAGCUGCCUGGUUUACCGAGCUGAUACCCAGACAUACCAGCCUUAUAACAAAGACUGGAUUAAAGAGAAGAUCUACGUGCUCCUUCGUCGGCAGGCCCAACAGGCUGGGAAAUAAUUGUGUUGGAAGCAUUUUGGGGGUUGGGGUGGGCUUGGAACACAGGUGUGUACAGCGUGCUGUAGUGGAAGUUUUGUAUCAUAGUAAUCCUGUUUCCACUUUGUUAUACUCUAGCCAAGAUUGACUGUAUUAGAUGAAAUGUGAGGAUCUUGUUCAAUCGGAAACCCCUGUUACCUCCUCUUUUUUUUUCUUUCUUUUUUUUUUUUUUACUUAAACAUUUUUAUGAUGAUUUAGAUGGAAGUUGUUCUUCGUCACUUAAUGUUGGUUCCAGUCCUUCAACUGUUCAUAUCUACUUUAUAACAUUCACAUACUAAUCCUUCUUCAAGAUGGGGUCGGGGGUGAAAAGGAAGUUUAGCCAUGUCCUCAAGAUAAAGUCUUGGUAAAAAUAAAUAAAUAUCCUUUAGUUAUAUUUUC